AUGUUGCAACCCAGACUUCUGGCGCCCCUCCGGGCGCUAGAACGGGCCUUUUCUCCCUCUCUUCGAUCUGCUCAGAAUGCCUACCAGCCGCAAUCCCUUUUUCAGCGCGCCAUCUCCGCACCGCUCACCUUUCCGAAAACCACACCUACUACCCUCCCUCGGUCACUCCUCUCUUUCUCACAAGUUCGUUUCGCUUCGCACGCCUCCCAAGGAACGGCAAAUAGGCAUUCGCGCGAUCCGGCCGGCAAGCGUCUCGGUGCGAAGCGCACAGGUGGCGAAUAUGUUGUGCCGGGAUGCAUUAUCUUCAAACAGCGUGGCUCAAAAUGGUUUCCAGGCGACAACUGCGCUAUGGGACGUGACCACACAAUCUACGCCACUCAAGCUGGAUAUGUCCGAUACUAUCUCGAUCCUGAACGACACCCCGAGCGCCGAUAUAUCGGAGUUGUUUUCGAGAAGGAAGGGAAGCUUCCCCACCCUCGCAAUGCGCCCAGCCGUCGGAAGCUGAACAUGGUUUCCAUCCCGCGGGCAGAACCUGUUCAGAGUCAGUCCGAUCUCAUGGCAUCUAUUGAUGAGAACGGCACCCAGAUCGCUAGCGUGGAGGCCAUUCAAGCCGAAGCCGGUCCGCAACUGCGACCUGGUUACAUGUACCGUGAGGCCAAUUGGGUGAUUGGUCGGGCAGCUGAGAAGGCUGGAAUUUUCGCUAAGCCAUAUGACCCCAGAAAUCGCUGGCUUGCGUGGCGAAAGAGACAGGCUCGCGCUGAACGUGCUGCGCAAAUGAAGAGCUUGAAGGGCAAGAAGCCUUCUAAGAAGGCCAAAUAG